GAACGAAGUAUUAAAGUGACAAGUGGCAAAAAGGCUGUUUUUAGACAACAUAUAAACUGAUAGAAAUAGCCUACAAUUGCAGAGUUUUAAUAAAUUACGUGGCGUUCUGGCUGUAACCGUUUUCUUUAUAAACUAGAUGAUGGAAAUUAUAUUUUAAAAAUUCCUAUAUUCACAUAACCUUAACAUAAUGGCUUUCGUCCAAGUGGUGCAAGUGGUACUUAUCGCCGGCUUGUCUUUGGUGGCUGGAUUCUUAGCAGUGCUUUUUGUUGUACAAAAAGCUAUAACAAAACCAUUUCCAGUUAUUAAAAGACGUAAGGAGGAGAGGCAUUUCCUCGACCCGAUAAGGAUACAAAAUGUUGAUUUUCCCUCUGUGGAAGAUGCACCAACUGUGCAUUUAAGUGUUAUUAUACCAGCUUAUAACGAAGAACAACGGUUGCCAAAAAUGUUGGAAGAAUGCAUAAGUUUUUUAGAGGAAAAAGCGAAAAAUGAGAUAUUUACUUACGAAGUUAUUGUUGUUAGUGAUGGUAGCAGUGAUGGCACAGUUUCUCUUGCGUUAAAGUAUUCAAAGCGCUACACCGUGGACAAAUUUCGAGUGUUAGAGCUUUUGGACAACAGAGGCAAAGGUGGAGCUGUUCGUCUGGUAGUUGAACAAAUAUUGAGUCAUAAUAUUUUUAAAUUAUACUUACUUUUUAAGGGAAUGCUAAGUGCAAGAGGCCGAUACCUAUUGUUUGCUGAUGCAGAUGGUGCGACAAAAUUUUCCGAUUAUGAUAAGUUGGAAAAGAAUAUGAAAAGUAUUACAAAAGAUUGGCAGUCGGACGGAAUCGUGGUCGGAUCACGCUCACAUCUUGAGCAAGAAGCUAUAGUAUCACGUAGUCUAUUCAGAACACUCCUUAUGCACGGUUUUCAUUUCCUUGUAUGGCUCUUUGCAGUCCGAAGUAUACGAGAUACUCAAUGUGGCUUCAAGUUACUAACUCGUUCCGCUGCACAUACUUUAUUUAAAAAUUUACACGUUGAACGUUGGGCUUUCGAUGUUGAGCUGCUAUACAUAGCGGAACGCUUGAAAAUACCAAUUGCUGAGGUGGCAGUGAAUUGGAAAGAAAUAGAAGGCUCUAAAUUAACGCCGGUCUGGUCGUGGAUUCAAAUGGGAGUUGACUUAUUUUUGAUCUGGUUCAGGUAUGCGAUCGGAGCAUGGCAACUAUAUGACCAAAAUAAAGGACAUGUCUCGUAAAAACCAACAAUUCAAUUUUAAUUAGAGACUCGCGCAAACUUACGUUCCAGUACUACUGCUUUGUUGAAACACUAUUGUUUAAACAACAAUACAUAUUUAAGUAUUCUAAAAGUGAA